AUGCGUUCUUUUGGGGCCCCACCCCGUAAUUGGCGUGGAAUAGGCCUGGCAGUGCUGGUGAUUUCUGUGGUGAUGUCAGUUGUCCUGUUAGCAAUAUUCCUGCUUUCUCCAGAUAUCCCAAGACAGCCAGAAAAGUUAUGCCUGACAUUAUCUGACCUUGAGAAUCCAGACUACGAGGUCCAUGUACCCAAAAUUUUCUGGGCAAGUGAUUCAGAAAUCAUCCAAGAAACCAGAGAUGGUAAUUUAAUUAGACAAAAUUUAGAAACCAAAGAGACCACCAUUCUACUGAGUAAUAUCACCUAUGUAUCUCUGCAGAUGACCAGUGCAAAGUUAUCCCCAGAUCUACAGAACUUACUCCUGAUAUCAAAAAGCCAAAAGAUUGCAGGAGUGUCCUUCAUGGCUUCAUAUACUGUAUACAAUAUCAGGAGCAGGGAACUAUGGAAUCUCAGCCCACCUGGAAAAAACAAUACCAAUCUGCAAUAUGCCAACUGGGGACCACAUGGGAGCCAACUGGUGUUCAUCUUUGAAAAUGAUAUUUUUUAUCAAGACGUGGCUUCUGGUCCAGCGCUCAGGCUUUCUUCCUCUGGAGAUCCAGAAAAUGUGCUCAGUGGGAUCUCUGACUGGACCUACGAAGAGGAAGUUCUACAUAGCUAUGCUGCCCACUGGUGGUCUCCAGAUGGUGCAAGACUUGCCUAUCUCACCAUCAACAACACACUUGUACCUAAGAUGGAGCUGCCACACUUUGUUGGUGCUGACUAUCCAAUAUGUGCACGAUAUGCCUAUCCUAAGGCUGGACAACCCAUUCCUCAAGUGAAGGUCUUCGUUGUGAAUCUGCGCGGUCCGUCGCACACUGUGGAGAUCUUUCGUCCUGAUACUUUUGAGUUCAGGGAGUACUAUAUUACCCUGGUAAAAUGGGUAACAAAUUCUCAACUUGCUGUGCAAUGGAUGAACCGCCCACAAAACCUAUCUCUUCUCACAAUCUGUAAUACGACUACUGGCAUCUGUGUGGAGAAGUACAGAACUUCCUCUGACAUGUGGAUCAGCAGUCAGGCUGCCCCGGUGCUUUCUGCAGAUUUUACUUUCCUUCUGGUACCAGUGAAGCAAGGAGGACAGGGGGAAUAUGUCCAUAUCACCAUGUUCUCCACACAGCUAGGCGGGAAAGAAAACUCGUUACAAAUGUUGACUUCUGGGGAAUGGGAUGUGACAAGGAUAGUGACCUACAAUACAAACAACAAAACAGUUUAUUUCCUGAGCACUGAAGACAAACCCAGAACAAGACAUCUGUACAGUGUGGAAACAUCGGGUUCUCUUAACCGCACAUGUGUGACUUGCGACCUCAUUCCAGGCUGCAAUUUUGUGGAUGUAGAAUUUAGUCCUGAAGGCAGCUUCUUUAUCCUCUUCUGUAAAGGUCCUGGAGUUCCUCAUAUCUCUGUGCACCAAACCGACAACCCUAAAGAUUUUCAAAUCCUGGAGGACAACCAGCAACUGAAUACUGUGCUGUUUGAUAAGGAAAUGCCAGAGACGCUAUACAGAUCUAUCCAUAUUGAUAACUAUGAUCUGACUGUUCGUCUGACUGUCCCAUCAGGAUACCGAGAUUCAGAAUACCCCUUGCUUCUCUGGCUACCAGAAGCUCCAGGGGCCCAGCGGGUCACAGAGGAGUUCUCACUCGGAUGGGAGUCUGUACUUGUGAGCUCAUUCCAUAUCAUUGUUGCCCAUUUUGAUGGCCGGGGAUCCAAAAAUCAAGGACUGAAUUUGCUUCAUGAAAUUGACCGGAAACUUGGUUCUGUUGAUGCUAAAGAAUAUAUAUCUGUGGUGCAGCAACUGAAACAGCUGCCAUUUGUUGACCAGCAUCGCAUUGGAGUUUAUGGGAAAGCUUAUGGUGGCUUUUUGGCUAUCAAGCUGCUGUCACUGCCUGAAGAGCUGUUUGCUUGUGGAGUAGCAGUUGCUCCCAUCACAAGUUUCCACCUACACUCUGCAAUUCUUUCAGAGCGUUACCUUGGGAUGCCAUCUCAAGAGGGUUCAGCAUACAUGGUGGCCUCAGUGUUGAAUAACAUCCAGAGGCUACGGGACCAACGAUUUCUACUGGUCCAUGGCACUGCAGAUGCCAAUGUGCACUUCCAACAUACAGCUGAACUUCUAAGCCUUCUGAUCCAGUCUGGAUCUAAUGUCACAAGCAGGAUUUAUCCUGAUGAGGACCAUUUCUUCCUGUCAAAGGGCAGCCAGGAGCACCUGAGCCUGUCAAUAGUGACCUACCUGCAGAGCUGCCUUCAGAGUGGAGGCAUCAGACAGACAGAGGAGUAAGUGAGGACCCGGUGAGGCACACAUAGAGCACAAGGUGUCGAUACUACACAAGAAACCAGAAUGAACAUUGAUGGGCGUAUCUGCUGGAAACAAUGGAAGACAAAUAAUCUUAACAUUAAUGAAUGAACUUGUGACUCGACUACUGGCAGUGAUUACCAUUACCUCUCAGAUGAUUCCUAAUUAAAUCACUUAUAAAUUAAUACAGAGACUAAAAUCUUGAGCAGCUAACUUUACAUAAAGCAUCACAUGGUGAAUAUCAUUCAUACAACCUUUCAAGUUGGCUAUAUACAUAAGAAAGCCAUUCAGCCUAUAUCUAUGUCCCCUGACCUCCCUCCAUAAAAAUGUAAGCUCAGCUCAUUAGGCAUGCUUGUUUAUUAAAAUGGGGAGACACUUCUUGCAGUGGCCUAUCUCCAAGCAGAACAAUAUCCAACAUGCACAAUCCUGUUUUUCUCCAAGAAUGUGACAUUGUGUGGACCCUAUAAGUAGUCGA